GCCAAUGGGUAUACCUCUAAAAAGGAUGUGACAAAACCUCAUGUCGAUGAUGAUGAUGGUGAGGAUCCAUUUUCUUCUCUGUGUUGUCUGUCUUGGAUCGCAAAUUUUGGCUUUCAAAACACGCGCGCGCCCUGGAUUAUGCGCGCGCAGCACGGAUCCGACUGCGCAUGCGUGCGUGUGAAGAUCGCUCCCGAGCGCACGUGUACGUCCGGCCCUAGCUCUCUCUAGCUGCAAAACGUGGGUAGCUACACUCCCGUCUGAGAGAGGUGCCAUUAGGGAAAGGGACGAGAUGCCAAAGGAAAGAAGAAAGAGAACGCGGGAACACCAGCAGAGGUGCCAACAGGCAUCGUUUGAUGUGCCAACCACGACGUAAGUCAGUUGACUUAUGCGCUGCAUCGUCAUUUCCACAGGGAUUCAUUUUGAAAAAGAGAAGGGUCAACACAUACUCAAGAACCCCUUAAUCAUCAACAGCAUGAUUGAAAAGGCGGCACUGAGACCGACGGAUGUGGUGUUAGAAGUUGGACCAGGUACUGGGAACAUGACUGUCAAACUACUCGAGUCCUGUCAGAAGGUGGUAGCCUGUGAGGUGGACACUAGACUGGUUGCUGAGCUGCAGAAGAGAGUCCAGGGAACACCAGCUGCGAGAAAGCUAGAGGUGGUAGUGGGAGAUGUCCUCAAGUCAGAUCUACCUUACUUCAGUGUGUGUGUGGCCAACCUCCCCUACCAGAUCUCUUCUCCGUUUGUCUUCAAACUGCUCCUUCAUCGUCCAUUCUUCAGGUGUGCGAUUCUCAUGUUCCAGAGAGAGUUUGCCCAAAGGUUGGUUGCUCGGCCAGGAGACAAGCUCUAUUGCCGUCUGUCUGUCAACACGCAACUACUGGCCAGAGUCAGCCACCUUCUCAAGGUGGGGAAGAAUAACUUCAGGCCUCCUCCCAAAGUGGAGUCCUCAGUGGUUCGGAUCGAGCCAAGGAACCCUCCUCCCCCCAUCAACUACCAGGAAUGGGACGGACUCCUGAGAAUGUGUUUUGUGCGAAAGAACAAGACUCUGUCAGCCAUAUUCAGGACAAAGGGAGUGCUUGAACUUCUUGAGAAAAACUACCGCAUUUAUGCUUCCCUCAACUCUAUGGAGGUUGGUAAAGACUUUGACAUCAAGGCUCACGUUCUGAAAAUUCUCGAGGACAAAAAUUCCCUGGACAAAAGACCUAAGAACAUGGAUGUCGAUGCUUUUCUGAGCUUGCUAAGGGACUUCAAUGAAAACCAUAUACACUUUAGUUGAUUAGAUCGUCUGCUAAAACCAUCUCUAUUUCCUCUUGCUUGUUGUAUAUUUCAUUGUCAAAUUUCAAUUUCACUAUGAUCCAUAACAUAGAUUGGCUAUGUGAUAUAUGAUAUAAGAAUAUGAAUGGUGGC